UAUCAGUUAUGGAGAGUGUAAUUGGCAUGAACGGAACGCCGUAUUAUGGAUUCAAUAAUUGCGGGAUUCUUUACGCACCUUCCGAGCAAAAUAACUCGGCUCUUGCCGCACAGCGCGCGCUGGAAAUCUACAAUCUGAGAGCAAGGAACGCCCAGAUCGAGUCGGGCAGCCAACAACAGGUCAACUUCGCUCAUCCGAGCCAGAAACGUGAAAGGAAAAUGCAGCCAAAUCGGUCGCGAACUUUGUACAACAAACGAAUGCUCGUGAACGCCCGAGAGAGGGAACGCAUGAAGACUUUGAACAAGGGAUUCGAAAAUCUACGAAACGCCCUUCCGUGCUACAUCGCUGACGGUCACAUUUCGAAAAUUACGACCCUGCGUCUUGCGAUAAACUACAUUAGGACACUCAGUGCUGUCUUGCAGGACGCGUCCAACUCUGAGACGCAGACUUUGGUGACAGAGCAACAAGCUUGCGGAGAAAGAUCCUUGAAUCUGUUGAAGACCACUGACGGUACUAGUGUUUUGCCAAGACCCGUCACCGAGCCCAACGAAGGAGGACAGAACACGUACGCCGCCAGUUCACAAGUUUCCUCUGUUUUAGCGGCUACGAAAAUACAGGCAUGUCCGUAGAAGAUGGCGUUAAAAAGAGAUGUGUGUGGAUAUCCAAACCUCAUGUGCCAUGCCAAGAUCUUACCAGACCUUACAAAUAUCGCAUCAAAGAACUUCGUUUUUGGAGGACUUCUGUGUCUUGGAUAAGGAACCUGUAAAUUACCCCCCAUAUAUAAUAAACUAGCAUGCAAUAUGACAGUUAAAGGACAAUCUAAAUAUAGGUUUUCCUAAAUCUAGAAACUUCUCCUGUGUUUCUGUGUAUAAAUGGAACAAUUAUAUAUGUAAAAUGCGACUGCCCUUAAUUUAAAACACAGAUACCAGAGCGCUUUGUAUAAAAACUAAAAGCGUGUAUGAGAUUUAAUUCUUUGAAAGAAAUUAUUUUAAAAGUGUGUAUAGUUCUAUAAAAUGUGUUGAGACAUACCAGUUCUAGAGAUGUAGAAAGUGUAUUAGACGAACUGUGCCAAGUUUAUUAAUAUAUUAAAAUGCUAAUAAAUUAUGUUUGCGAAUGAUCCGUAUAAAAAAAUAAACUUUCAAAUGCAAUUCUUCUAAGCCCUCAACUU